CAAGGUAGUUAGACUGGGAAACUGAAACUGUGUACCCUACAGCAGCUAUUGCUAGCUAGCAGUACGGUGUUAUUGGGAGUAGGUCAUAGACACUAGGGUUUUUAGUUUACCCAGCCGGUCGUCGUUGAACCUACAGUAGGAAACUGAGGAUGUCUGGUGAACUGCCCCUCGACAUUAACAUCAAGGAGCCCAGAUGGGACCAGAGCACGUUUAUGGGUCGUGCCCAGCAUUUCUUCAUGGUCACAGACCCCAGAACCGUGCUGCUGUCCUCUGAGACCCUGGAGGAGGCCAGAGUCACUGUGGAGAACUACAGGGCCGGGGUGGCAAAGCCUGGUCUUACAGAGGACGAGCUGUGGAGAGCCAAAUACGUCUACGACUCUGCUUUCCACCCUGACACGGGGGAAAAGAUGUUUGUGAUUGGUCGCAUGUCCGCUCAGGUGCCUGUGAACAUGUCCGUCACUGGGUGUAUGCUCACCUUUUACAGGACCACUCCAGCAGUGGUGUUCUGGCAGUGGGUGAACCAGUCCUUCAAUGCCGUGGUCAACUACACCAACCGCAGCGGAGACGCCCCCCUGACCGUGAAUCAGCUGGGUGCAGCAUACAUCAGUGCCACUACAGGAGCGGUUGUCACAGCCCUGGGGUUGAAGACUCUAGCCAAGCGUCUCCCCGCCAUCAUGAGCAGGUUCGUUCCCUUCGCCGCCGUGGCCGCCGCCAACUGUAUCAACAUCCCUUUCAUGAGGCAGAGGGAGCUGAAAUACGGGAUCCCAGUGACAGACGAGAAUGGUAACCGGUUAGGAGAGUCCCCCGGUGCCGCCAAACAGGCCAUCGUACAGGUGGUGGUGUCUCGUAUCGGCAUGGCAGUGCCAGCUAUGGCCAUUCCGCCAGUCAUCAUGAACGUGCUGGAACAAAGGGCUUUUAUGAAGCGAUUCCCAGUCCUGAACGCUCCAGUCCAGGUGGGAUUGGUGGGUCUGUGCCUGGUGUUCGCCACUCCCCUGUGUUGCGCCCUGUUCCCUCAGAAGAGUUCCAUGAGUGUUGGAAGCCUAGAAGCAGAUCUACAGGAAAAGAUACGACAAAUCAGUCCUCACACUACCACUGUGUACUUCAACAAAGGCCUGUAGGACCAGAUAACAGAAACAUACAUACCCACACGCACAUGCCAGCACCUCUGCUGGCUGACCUCUGCUACUACAGAUCAUUGAGCACAGCUGAAAGGGAAAAGUAAUGUUAAGAAAGACAAGUCUUGUGUAAUAUAUUGACAUGUUUUCCCUCAUCGAAUGGGUUCAGACUCAGAUGAAAGUGUUACUAAGAAUUUGUUGUUUUUGGACUGUGACGUGCCUGGUCCCUCACAUGGGCCUUGUGGAAAAUCAUUAUUUUCUGCAAGGAAUUUAUCAUACAAAACCUCACCAGUUUUCCUAUUUUAAGAGUUGCAAGCACCCUUGGAGAAAACUCGAUUCAAUAUUGUAGUGGUUUUCUUAGCUCAUGCUGUUAUUGCUUGCUUUUGUCAUUUCAGGCAUUAUAAUCCGAGCUGUGUGUGAGAACGCUACCUAAAUAGGGUUUAAAUAAUUCACCUAUAGAUAGAUAUCUAGUCCAAAUCAACUAUGUGCACAAUUGUUCAGGAAAAAAAAGUUAUAAGCACACCAAUAGACCUUGUGUUCAGCCCUCGUGUUUGAAAUCCUGUUUAGCUGCCUAUUGUCUACUGCCCAUUAAAGUGUACUUAUCCAACUGCCUGAUACUGUGGAACCAAGUACCAAGGUGUAUAUUUAAUGUGGCAAAUAACCAUAGGGAUGCAAUGGCACUGAAUAGUAUUUUAUGUGGCACUGUAGCAGGAAGAACGCCCAUAUUAAAACCAGCAAAACAAUAAAACAAUGUUUUGGCCGUAGGGAUGAUUGCACAAAGGCCUUUUUUGGUUGAGAUAUGAAAUAGGUUUGCAUCUUUGUAACUUCAGCAAAGUUAUGCGUUUUUUAGUUGUGUCAUGUAGUACUGUUGUCAUUGACGAGGAAUGUACUUUAUUGUAUUGGUGUUGGAAAAAGAUGUUAUUGUCACCCUAUAAUAUAUAGUGACCCCUGGUUAAUUGACAGCACCCCCCCACUCCCCCCCACCGUUUUCGGUUGUUUUACUAACCUGAUUGUAAGGUUAGAAUUAAAACCGGCUGCUGCAUUUUAAUAGAGAGGCGUGAUACCAGUUUAUGCAAUAGCGAGAGUACACAUAUAUAUUGUAUGAUGUCCGUACUGAAUUGUGUGCAUUGCACUUGUAUGUGUACCAAAUAACAAAGGAUACAGACGUAUUUUAUAUUUAUCUGAACAGACUGAACCUAGAAGUAUAUAGCUUAGAGCAUCUUUGAUCAAAACAAGUUCAUGUUGUUUUUCUUUUUUGACAGUAGCAGUUAAAGUACUUAUACGAGCAGACCAAUAUAGCAGACCAUAUAUUCAUUAUGAUUUGUUGUCACUAUAGACUGUAGAUGUUGAACUUCAGGGUGUGCUUCUAUAUUUGUCCACUAGAUGGUGCUGGCUAUGCUCCCUGAACCCCUUUCAGUGUGCGUGCUAGUGAAACUCAUAAUUUAACACAGUGUUGCAUGUUUACCAAAUUACGCUUUGUAGUUUAUCAAUUGAGCUUUAUGGAAGUAAGACAUAUUUGAUUGUGAACAUAGCAGGGACUGUUCUGAAAGUUCAUCUGCAAUGCAAUAGUAAUUAAUGAACCACCUCAUCCAUACAGAUGCCAACGGUUCUCAGUGCUAAUAUCAAUAAUCUGUACUGUAGAUUAUUAGGUGCACUGCAGGGCAGUGUCUUGGUCCUUGCUAUAUUUAUAUUAUUCAUCACUCUUUGGUGUUGGUUUCUUAUUAAGUGGUUUUGGGGGUCCCUUGUAUGUUGAGUGAAAUUGCACUAUAUUUUAGUCAUGCAGUGCUGCUGCUGUGUUGCAGCCAAUAGUUUAAUGGAAUUACUACCGCUUUACAAGUAUGUACUGGCAAAAUGUCUUAAUGUAUUGUUUGUGUUUGAUAUUAACCCACAUCACUGCUUAUUGGUUUUUAGGAACAGCUUUUAUCUUGAAUUAUUAAAAUUAAGGGGCUGAAUGGUCAAGAACAAAACCGGAUAAUUUUUAGACAACUUGCAGUUAAAGGUAAACAUGGAUGUUAAACCAGAAUGUUAAAUUGAUCCAUUUGAUGCAGGACAAUAUGUACUGUGGGUUAACUGUCAAAGCCAUGGGUCUAUCCAAAGAAAGCAACAGGUCUGAAUUGUUGAAGGAUAAGCACCACUUUUAAUGACUUUGUUUCCACAUUCUCUAUUAAACCUUUCCUUGGGUUUAGUCACAAAAAAACAAAACAUAUCUAGGUUCACUUAUACCUGUCAUAAGAUAUGGUCUUUUGACAAGCAUGAAUGAAUACUUAUAUUGCUACACUCCAUGAAUGGUAUUUCAUGUGAAUGUGUUUAUGUAGCUUAGUUUUAUCCAUGUAGUUUCAGUAUUGAUGCUUGGUGUUUCCCUCAAUUUUGUAUCGUGUUGGAACAUGUUACACCUGUCCGGACCUAUGUGAGAUGUACAUACUCAGAGCAAUUGAAUAAAGUAUUGAAAUGUC